AUGUCUACCCUGGUGCCACCCUCGAAGGAGGGUAGCUCGAACGACCAUGAGGAUCUGGCUUUAAAAGAGGCCCGCAUUACACCCAUCAGGCGAAGUGGAUUUCCAAUAGGUCGUCGCAAGUUGUUCGUAAUCACAGGCAUAGCUGGCGCCGUUGCGAUCGUGCUUGCUUUGGCUCUUGGUUUGGGGCUCGGAUUGGGAUUGAAGAAGACGUCGAACUCGAGCUAUGUCACGACAAACUCUUCAUUUCUCCUGGAUCCGAAUUUUGUUGUUACGAGUACACCGACAACCAGAUACUACGAAUUCGUCAUAUCUGAAGCAGUCGGUUCACCUGAUGGUUUCCAGAGAACUAUGUUAGUCGACCAAUUCCCUGGACCUCUUAUUGAGGUGAACAGCGGCGAUGAGCUUGUGGUUAACGUUUUCAACCAAUUACCCAACGGCACCACUAUUCACUGGCACGGUCAACUUCAAAACGGGACCAACUACAUGGAUGGCACCAACGGUAUCACUCAGUGCCCAAUUCCUCCGGGAAUGAAUUUUACCUAUCAUUUCACCAUUAAUCCGAACCAGUAUGGGACGUUCUGGUAUCAUGCUCAUGCAUCUACACAGUACACAGAUGGCAUUUACGGCCCACUUAUAAUUCACUCUCCCAGCGAGCCUAUUUAUGGCCAAUAUGACCGCGAGGCGCUUGUCAUACUUUCGGAUUGGUAUGAUGUGAUGUCUUCCGGAUUGCUCACUCAGUACUUGAGCACUGCUGGGAUCGAUGGCUCUAACUAUGGUGGAGUUAAUCCUGGAGCAGAGCCUCCUCCGGAUAGCGGUCUCAUCAACGGCAAGAUGAACGGUUCCUCAUUCGAUCUUCAACCAAACUUGCGUUAUCGGCUUCGUCUCAUUAAUAUGGGCACACUGACAGAGUUCAUGUUCAGCGUAGACUCGCACGUGCUGAGCGUUGUCGAAGCAGACGGGACAUCUCUUGUACCUGUAGAUGUGCACCGUGUCCCUAUACACGUCGCACAGCGCUACUCUGUUAUCUUGACGACAAAUCAGACAGCAGGAUCGUACAACGUACGCGCCGAGAUGCAGGCCACUUGCUACAAACUCGGUAAUCCCAACCUCAACACGAUGGUGCUAGCUACAAUGACAUACGGUGCCUCGCCAACGACACCGAACUCCCAAGAUUGGUCGGACGCAUUCCCCUCCCUUUGUCUCGACCUCAACAACACAAUGAUUGUACCUCAAAUUCCCAUGAACCCACCCAACAGCACGGAUUCUGUUCAAGUCUUCAUGUCUUUUCAGCAAACAACUCAAUCUGGCGGAACGCAAACGCUGGCAUUCAUGAAUAGCACGAGUUGGAAGCGGAUAGCACAAAUCCUACCUUUGCUGCAGAUGUCAAAGCUUGGGAUUCAGACUACCUUUGACUCGAGCCAACUUGUCGUUGUACACGAUAAUAUCACUGUAUUUGACUUGAUCCUGAAUAAUUACGAUGAUGCUAGCCACCCAUUCCAUCUUCAUGGACACGUAUUUUGGAUUAUCGGUGAAGGUGAUGGCGAUUACUUGUCUGGGGUGUCGCAACUCAAUACGACCAACCCACCGAGACGCGACACGUUGACUCUUCCUGGCUACGGCUGGGUCGCUAUCCGCUUUAUCACUGACAACCCAGGGCUCUGGGCAUUCCACUGUCAUAUUGGCUGGCACAUGGCUGCAGGGCUGCUGAUGCAGUUUGCGAGUCUACCGAGUCAAAUCCAGCAGUUUCAGAUACCAUCUUAUUUGAGUGACCAAUGCGCACAGCAGAGUGGGGGUCUGGUGGUCAACUAG